AUGAAGAGAUCAUGUUCCGCCCCAUGUCUUGUGGAAGAAGAAAAAACAAAAAAAAUUAAAAUUGAUAAUCAAAGUUCAGAAGCACAAGAACCAAAUGCACGAGAAUAUUUACAAUUGGCGUUGAAUAGAAUUAUUGAAAUGCAGCGGAGUGUAAAUAAUGAAGAUUUUGAUGACAAUACCAGUGAAUUAGGUAACGAUGAUACUGAUGAAAACGUUAUGCGUGAAGUGUUAACCAAAGUAUUCAAAGAUCUACCUGGAUCUUCAAAAUCUGUAGCAUCAAUAAUAGAACGCGCAACAAAGCCUCUUCCAGCUGAAUAUAACCGCGUGAGAGCGAAGGGUAUACAAUUAUCUGGUUACGAUACUUGCAGAAGAGUGGCCGUCGAUUUUAUGCAAAAUAUUGUCAAACACACCCCCAAGUACAGCAUUACCGAAAACAAUGUUAUUAUCAAUGACUUCAGCCGGCAAAAUGGCAGCAGGAGAUGCGAAACGCUGACAAAUGAGUACGAGUUGCGUAAUCGCAUGCUCACGGGACUGGACCUCCAUCUUGCGGUAAAACAACGCGACUAUACUAUGAGGUUAAUGAGGUUUUAG